AUGGCCGUUUCUCUUCUUCAACUGCUUCUAUUUCUCUUUCUUAUCACCAUCAACAAUUUAUCAGCUACCCAAACAACCCUCUUCCAUGGUGGCUUUUUUCUCGAUAUCACCAAAGAUGUACAAACCCAACAAUACACCACCCAGUUACUCAUCGGUACUCCUCAACUUCCCACCAAGCUCGUGGUUCACCUGUCGGGUCAAUCUCUCUGGCUCAACUGUGCACAAUCGUCUUCAUCUCGACAGUUCGUCCGCCAUGGUUCCCUUCCCUGCUUGAUGGCAAAAUCCGGUGCUCAAACUCCAAUACCUCCCAGUCCCACCAUCUGUAACGUUCACCAAGAAAACCCCAUCACUGGAUCCACCAAUUUCGGAGAUCUAGCCGAGGAUAAAGUCACUGUUUUCGACGAUAUGGGUUCUCCGGCAACCGUUGACCGGUUCCUUUUUCUAUGUUCCCCGGAGUAUCUACUAAAAAGCCUUGCUACCAGUGCUAAAGGUACGUUAGGCUUCGGAAGAUCAAAAAUUGCAUUUCAAUCUCAGGCGUUCAACAAUUUUAACAUUCCAAGAAAGUUUGUUGUCUGUUUAUCUUCAUCUAACGGGUUUAUAAUUUCCGGCAUCGAUAUCUCUAAGUCUCUAUCGUACACACCCUUGAUCUCAACCCAUGGUCAUCAGGACGGGUACUAUGUGAAUGUAAAAUCCAUCAAAAUCAACGGCAGGAAACUGGUCUUACAACCGAUCAGAGGUGUCGAAAUAAGCACAGUCGUCCCAUAUACCACCAUGAAGAGCCCGAUUUAUGGGAUCUUUACAAAAGCUUAUGUUAAGGCUGCUAGUUCAAUGAACAUGACGAUGGUGGCUCCGGUGGCGCCGUUUGGUGUUUGUUUUAGUUCGCAAGCGAAGGUGCCGGAGAUUGAACUGGUGUUGCAGAGUGAACUGGUGAAAUGGAUGAUACAACGGAGGAAUUCGAUGAUACAAGUGAGUGACGCAGUAAUGUGUUUGGGGUUCCUGGAUGGGGGUUUGAAUAUGAGUGGUUCAGUGGUUUUAGGAGGGUAUCAAUUGGAGGAUCAUAUUUUGGAGUUCAAUGUAGGGACUGGUAUGCUAGGGUUCAGUUCUUCGUUGUUGACGAAGGGAAAUAGCUGUUCCAUGAAAACAGCGUUGGUUUCAACACCCACUGAAUCAUUAUAA